CACGGUGCGAGGUGCAGGCUUAAGGAGGAGUGGGUCUCGAAGGAGUCUUCUUCGAAUAGACAGAUAGUCGUGGACACGGAGCGCAUACUCGGGUUCACCUGGUUGCCCGAGGAUAACUAAUAAGCCGGGACUGUUGCAGUUUAGUCGUACGGAGUGUGGAGAACAGUUUCGGAAUACAGAACCAUAACAGCUAUGUGAUCUAAAGUAAAAAUUAAGCUCGAUGGGAGAGACAAAAUAUGACAAAAAGCAAGCCGCGCAGUAAACUUGACCGGAAAAUUAUAAUAUAACAUGACAAUUAUCAGUAAAGAAAAAAAAAUCGUCAAGACAAUCGUGAAGGUGGCUAAUUGUUCGUUGUAAUCGUAAUAUCAUCGAUGUUGGUGGUGUUUUUGAUAACUUAAUAAAUAAAAUACUUCGCUUUCACCGCAGAACACGAACGGACGAACGAAUUUCUUAUACGAGAUAUACUUAUCCUACUGUCUCUUCAGCUGUUUAUAAGUGAAAGAAAGUUCCUUGAGAGAAACCUGUGUGAAGUUAACCCGGUGGAUUAGCCUCAAUUAUUACAACUGUGGUGCAAUGCGUGGGACGACAACAUGUUGGAUCCAGAUAAUAUUUGUCGCUUGUGUAACUUCAUUGCCUGGCCCGGCAACGAUUAGCCCAGUAGAAGCAGUCAGCACAGAUUCAAGCCCUGCGUUAACGUUUUCCGAAAACGUGGAAGUGACGGAGGGCCGAAGAUUCGAUGCAGAAUACGUGGUGAGCGGGAAAACAAACGAAACUGAUGUGUCGUCGACGGUGAGGAAGAGGCGAUACGUUCGCUUUCCGUCGAACAAUCCAUACAAGUUCGAAAUUCCCGGAGCGACAAACGGCCCCUUCGUCAAAUCGUACCUCGGACGACAAUUGCCGUACCCAGUUUGGCCGGAGUACAAAUCUGUAUGGCGAAAUCCCGUCAUGGGGCAUCGGACACCCAGACUAAUUUUCCGUGACGAUUACUCCAGAGGCACUCCUGGUGGUACAUCCAGUUCUCCAUUUUCCUCCAAUCAGCUACAAGAUUUGGAUGACACUUUCAGAGUUUCAGAUCAAAGAAAGCAGAUAUCAUUCAAUGAGUACCCAAGACUAGAUAUAGAAUGCGGAAUAUCCGUUUCGAAGCAAACGGCACAGCGAAGAAUCGUGGGCGGAGACGAAGCUGGUUUCGGUAGCUUCCCAUGGCAGGCCUACAUUCGAAUCGGUUCCAGCAGAUGCGGCGGUACGCUGGUUAACCGAUUUCAUGUCGUGACGGCCGGUCACUGUGUCGCCAAAGCGUCUGCCCGACAAGUUCAAGUUACCCUUGGAGAUUACGUUGUGAAUUCAGCGGCUGAACCGCUGCCGGCGUACACGUUUGGUGUGAGAGACAUCCGCGUUCAUCCAUACUUCAAAUUCACACCACAGGCGGACAGGUUCGACGUGGCUGUACUCCGGCUGGAUAGGCCGGUUCAUUACAUGCCACAUAUCGCACCGAUUUGUCUGCCCGACAAAAACGAAGACUUCUUGGGACAGUACGGCUGGGCCGCCGGCUGGGGCGCACUUCAAGCUGGUUCUAGAUUACGCCCAAAAACAUUGCAAGCAGUCGAUGUACCUGUGAUCGACAACAGAGUGUGCGAGCGAUGGCAUCGUUCGAACGGUAUAAACGUUGUAAUUUACGAUGAAAUGAUGUGCGCCGGUUACAGCAGCGGUGGAAAAGACUCUUGCCAGGGUGACAGCGGAGGCCCGCUGAUGCUGGAGAAGACCGGAAGAUGGUACCUGAUCGGUAUAGUUUCAGCCGGAUAUUCCUGCGCCCAACCUGGCCAACCCGGAAUUUAUCACCGAGUGGCCAAAACUGUCGACUGGAUAACGUACAUCAUGAAUUCGUAGCAUUAGGAAGAGUUUGACAAUGAUAUGAUACAUAAGUAGAUAAAUUUUAACAAUUUCCAUUAUAAAUCACACGACAGCAUUUCACAACUCGUUAAUACCAUACGUUUAACUAAUAAUUGCAAAG